UAAAGCGAGUGCAGGGCGUAUGGGCGCCAGAGAAAAGUACUUUGUCUAAAGAUAGCGUACUAAGGCAAAACGGAUCUUGAAAGCGCAUGACAUUACUCAAACUGAUUGUGUGUAAAAAGGCAAGCCUGAGAAUCACCAUUUUUCUGUAGAGUCUUGACUAUUUGUUUCAAUGAGUGCGACAAGUGCAAUCAAUAGCCUUCAUACAGAAAACAAGGAUCUACUACAGAGGACCAAAGAUGACAUGCACAAACUGAUUGUUAGCUUGAACAACAUCGACAGGAUCUUGAAGGACUAUAGCUCUCUAAUGACAGAUGCGUACAGGUCGGACAUGGUGGAAGCAAUGAAAAUGCUAUACGGGGUUUCAAGGAAAGUCGAAAAAUAUAAAACUCGUCUAGAUAUUGCACUUCAGGCUCCAGGCGGAGACUUCAAAGCUCAGUUAGAGCAAAUGGCAGCCAACGAGAAGAAUCUGAACUACGAGGAAGAGUCAUUCCCCGAGCUAACACAACUGCAGGAGAUUAUAAAUCGUUCGAACGUUUACACUGAACCGAUCGAGGAGGCGGGAACGUCCAGAGGACAAAAAAAGAGUAACAGGAGUCGAAGAACCAGGGAUGUCGAGAUAGUGGAAGCCGAGGAAUGCCGCAUUGACCCGCUAACUAAAGGCCCCAUAAAAAACCCGGUCCGUAAUAAGAGAUGUCGUCACCUCUAUUGUUAUGAAACUAUACUACCCUACAUUCGUACUAUAACGUACCCACGGUGUCCAAUAGCCGGUUGUCACUUGCCACACAUUCGAGAAAGUGAUCUUGAGUUUACCAAUUUUGAUUUGUAAGCCAAAAGAAAAAAGCGAAAGAAGAACAUGCCUGACUCAAGCCUUAUCUUUGUACUGUAUUGUACUUGAUAAAUAUACUCUCAGUAUAUAUAAAAGUAGUACGCCAAAAAAACUGUAGAACUCUAAAGGAAACUAUUGUCGACACACAGGAGACCAAAGCGAUUAUUCGAAUAUGGCUUGAUUCUAUUUAUUGUGUAAAAUGAAUGUUACGUAGAACAAUGUCAUGGUGCUACGAGAAUCAUCGAAAAUGAAUGUUUGAAGGUUUCUUAUCUGAUUGUUUUACAAUCGGUUGCGCCACGAAUUGUCAGUAGUACUCUGCAACGGUACCAGUACUAACAAAGCCGACAAGAACAUUCUACCUUGUAUAUCCUUUUUAUCCAAGAAUAAAGGUACAUAUUAAUUGAAUUCAAGAAAAACUAUAUAUAUUUAGUAUGGAAUAUUAAAGGUUAUCUUUUACAAAAUUUAAUUAAGUUUGAAAUAGGAUAAACAAAGCCACAUUUCCAACCGAUGGCACACUAACGAGCAAUCGAUAACUGUGUAAUAUACUGUACAGCUGGUUUUUAUGAUUAAAAAUAAAGACAUUUCCAUGAAAAAACCCCAGGAAAGAUGUAAAAUAUAGAAGACAAAACUAUUUAAUUAUAAUUUAAUAAGUAAGUUUAGAUCCCUCAUAUUCAGGUUCAGAUUCAUGAUGUGAAACCAAACAAAUGUCAAAACAGAUUGCCAUCCAUUAAUACAGGUUAUUAAUAUUAAUUUUAUCUAAACUGGCAUCGUCUUAUUCGGUACGAGAAGUACAUAGUUCGAUGUAUGACAGACGAUCGGCAACAGUUCUGCAUAUCUUUAUUUAAUCACACACGUUGUGUAGCAUAUGCUAAUGGCUGGGUUUGAACUCGCAAUUCCCAACACUGAUUUGUCAGCCAAAGGUUUGAAUCUGCAUUUUAUUGAAGCAUGUUCCAUUUAACAAAGAUCGUUAACUCCCGAUCUGAGUAUUUCUACACGCACAUUUCUUUAAUUGUAUGGCCAAUAAGCACAUUUAAGAAGUUCUUUUUAAGACAAGAACGAUCAGAUUGCAGCCCCAAUCAGCUAAGUAUAGGCUGACGUAAUAUGUAUUUGUUCGAAAUGAUUCCUUACUUAGUAUGUUAUAAUCCAAUGUGUCGUGUUCUAUAUUUCGACUUUUUUUUGCUAUCCACCUGAAAUGGACCUGUAAUAGGAUUCUGUCCAACAAAAUAUGGAAAGGGAGAGCAUUUAGAACUUAAAAAAACAGUCAUGAUGCUUAUCUGUAUGGUUGCAUUGCCAACACAUUCAGCAAUAUUUUUAGUUAUCAAAUAAAGAUGUCUUAAAUUACACAGCAAAUUAAUUUCCACUAUCGAUUUCCGAGAGAUUCUAGCAGAAGUAGACGCAGCGUUACUUUUAAAAAUAGACUUGCAUACCAGGAAAUACUCGACGAGUUACCAAGCAUAGACAAUCGUGAUUUAUUACCUAGCAUGCCUGCCUUUUUAUAAUGGACACUGAUUAACUGGCCAUUGAAUUAGCUCCCUAUUUAUUUAGGUUUCGUGGUACAUCUUGACUUAUUAUCAUUAUUCACCAUCAAUAUUACUUAGUUCGCGACGGUUAAAAUUGACACCUCCCUAAAUACUUUGUCCACUUCUUCUCAAUCACUUCCUCAAAAUAAUCAUAAUAAUAAUAGUCGUUUCCAUAUACUGCACGCCAUUUAUUUCUGCCUCUACCAACGAUCGGUCGAUUAGUUUGAGCAUGCAAACGUUAAUAUUACCGUGAUUCUUCAGUGUAUUCAGUAGGUUACUAAGUUCGCUUCCAUAUUUCUGUACUGUAUUGAGUCCUCGAACAGAAACGUCUUGAAAAAACCUUGCUUUUUUUGCUUUAUUUAUUAACAAUUUUUGAUCCCUAGAUACAUUGAAACCCCUUUCCAUUACCCCCAUAUGUCUGUGACCCCAUUGAAUCUUCGGGUC